CCUUUGACAUCUCUUGGCCUUAAACACUGUGCUUUUUUGAGACGCUGCUGCGCCGUGACCUGUGCCCUGUGUGUUGGUCCCCAGGUGGUGGGCAUCAUGCGGGUCAACGUGGACAAGGUCCUGGAGCGGGACCAGAAGCUGUCGGAGCUGGACGACCGGGCCGACGCCCUGCAGGCCGGCGCCUCCCAGUUCGAGACCAACGCCGCCAAGCUGAAGAGGAAGUACUGGUGGAGGAACAUGAAGAUGUGGGGCAUUUUGAUAGCUGUCAUCCUGAUCAUUAUCAUCAUCAUCAUCAUCUGGGCUAACUCCUAAACCCGGGAUUGAAGCGACGGCGAUGGAAGAAAAUGGAGGACGACGAGUAGAAGAGGAUGAUCUUGCUCCCAGCACUAAAUCGUUGUAACCUGCUGAGUUUUUUUUUUUUUUUUUUUUUUGUAAAAUAUACUGAACAAAUGUUUUCUUUUCUUUUUUUAAUUUUGUGUUUAAUAAUUAUGAGUUGAGUAGAGCCUGGCUGGUCAAGACAAGUGCCUGAUUUUUUUUCUUUCUUUCUCUCUCUCUCUCUCACUUCCUUUUCUUCCUUGCACAGUAAUUUAUUUGAAAGUCACUCCAUGUUGGUUUUGCAUACAGUUUCAACUACAACACCAAGAAGGGUUGCCUGCAUUAUCGCUGAGAUGUUGAAGUUUAACUUUAAAAACACGUUUUAGAAAUCUUGUAUCAACAACACCUUUUGAUUUUUUUAUUUUUAUUUUUAUUAAUGUCCAGGCAUGCAGUUAAUGUUUUAAAUAAUGGUAUAACGGCUGCUCUUUCCAAAGUGGCAUAUUGAAGAAAAAGUGUAUUUAUAAAUAACCCUCCCAAAAUAUCAGGACAUUUGAUGAAUAUUAGUAAGGUAAAGGCCAUGGGAGUCCUUUGGUCAAAGGACGUUUUUAAAAUACUUCCCUACUGGUUUUCAGCUCUUCAGUGUUUCCACAACAGAAAUGUGUGGCUUAACGUGGCAGGUUUUGUGUUCAUGUUACAGGCAGUAUCGUGUGCGAUAUCCAGUCCCACGGCUUUGCGGUUGGUCUAGAUUUAACAAACACUGUUCGCUGAAGUGUUACCAAAAAAAAAAACAUCACUUUGAGAGAAAAAUGGUCGACAAUAUGUACUGCAGUUUUGUUCCCUUGGAUUUAAGCAGAGCCAGUUAUUUGAAUCGGAACCCUUGUGACCACGUGAAUGUUGUAAGGAUCGAAGCCUCGCAGAUUUUUUUGGAGCGCUGCUGCCUGCCUUGUGACUACAAAUGCUUCGAAUGCACAGACUGCUGCGAGCACGCCAGCUCAGCCUGCCUCUCUCUCUCGCUCUCGAACGAGCGUAGCUGCCAAAGUCAGCGGCCUCUCUGAGCCCUCGAACCCGACCCGCGGUGCCUUGGAAUCCCCGCGUGCCACCAGCGGAGCAGGUGUCUGGAGGUGACGCCAAACGAUUUCAUGAGGCCUGCCUUUUAAAAAAAAAAAAAGCCUUGCCCGGCCCGCAGGACCAUUCUCUCAAAUAAAUAAUACUGCGGGACCCUACUGUUGUCAUUGUUACCAGGUAGUAGGAUUUGCUGUCUGUGGCAAAACACACAUUGGUUCAGAUCAGUUCAGUGCAGAGCUCUUCCUGCUUUGGUUUUUGGUUCAGAUCAGUUCAGUGCAGAGCUCUUCCUGCUUUGGUUUUUGGUGAAGCCCCCCGGGCUCGUUCCAGGCACUUAUUUAAUUUGUCCUUGCUUCAUUUCCUUGCGUCCUUUCCUAUAGUACGGAAGGCCAAACUGGUCAAAAUUACUUGAAAUUGGCGUCUGGAAUCGAGCAUUGUCAAUGUGUUUUGCACGUUCUCAAUUCGUUGACAAACGCGUUGGCAAUGGGUGAUUCCAGACGCCAAUUUCACGUAUUUUUGACUCAUCAGGGCCUUCCAUACUUGGAAAGGAUACAAGGAAAGGAAGCAAGAAUGGGUAAAAUAAGCAAUUGGAAUGAGCCCCCAUUCUCCAGUCACUAAGGGAAUGUGAUUGGUUGGACGUAGUAGGAGUUUUGGUGUAGGAUCCAACGAAGCGCUUUCCCUGGGGUUAUGACCUUGAACAUAAUGCUAUAUGUUAAUCUGGGAAUAACACCUGUAGGGUUCAUAUAAAGAUCACUGGGCAUCGAUCACUGGAAUUUCAAAGAGGUCUUUAUGUUCAAGUGCCAAACAUGCCUGAUUUUACACCUCCGUUGAAUGUGUGUAUAUUAUAAACAAGUGCAAUUAUUUUACACUGUUCCCUGAAAGCGGUUGAGCUUCCGGGUUGCUUGUACUGUUGCUUAAUAAAACUGAUUUAAUAACUUGUUACCAUA